CAAGAGUUAGAAAAAUUUAAGCACAAGAAAGAAAAAAAAAUGCCGAUUUCAAGAAUUGCCAUUGGAAAUUUUAGAGAGGUUACCAAGCAUGAUGCCCUUAAGGCAGCCCUAGCUGAAUUCAUUUCCAUGAUUUUUUUUGUUUUUCCUGCUGAAGGCUGUGUCUUGGUAUUUACUAAGAUGAUCACGACUGCCGGACAAGCCCCUGUCAUGAUUUCAAUAUCGAUAACCCAUGCAUUUGCUCUUUUUGCGGCCGUUUCUGUGGGAAGAAACAUAUCUGGAGGUCAUGUGAACCCUGCUGUCACCUUUGGUGCCUUUUUGGGUGGUCACAUUACUUUUCUUAGGAGUAUUUUAUAUUGGAUUGCUCAAUUACUUGGAUCUGUUGUGGCUAUCUAUCUCCUCAAGUUUGCUACUAAUGGUUUGGAAGUAUCAGCACACCCUCCACAAUUACCAUGGAACGCAGUUCUUUAUGAGAUAAUAAUGACCUUUAUUCUUGUUUACACAUAUUAUGCAACUAUAUUUGAUCCCAAGAGAGGUAACAUGGGAAUCAUUGGCCCAAUUGUAAUUGGUCUCAUUUGUGGUGCCAACAUCUUGUCCGGUGGUACUUUUUUUGGUGCAGCAAUGAACCCUGCUAUGUCCUUUUGUCAAGCAGUGAUUAGUUGGACGUGGACCACCCACUGGGUUUAUUGGCUUGGUACUUUCGUCGGUGCUGCCAUUGCUGCGUUGAUCUAUCAAACUAUUUUUAUUGGUCAGCACACUGAUUACGAUCAACUCCCAAUCACUGAAUACUAAGAAUUUCGACUUUUCUUGAGCCGGGUGUCUAUCAGGAACAGCCUCCCUAUCUCCCAAGGUAGGAGUAACGUUUGCGUACACUCUACCCUCCGUAGACUCCACUUAGUGGAAUUAUAUAUUGGGUAUGUUGUUGUUGUUGUUGUUUUUCUAAAAAAAACCAGUUGUUGGAUCAUCUUGUUAUGUUGUUCUCUUUCUUAUCAAUCUUGGCUAAGUUUAUUAGCUUUUGUUUAAUUGUGAAACUGUUGAUGUGAAAGAAAUAAGAUUCAUUUGUGUUGUUUUUGUUAGAA